GAAAUUGAUCGUGUCAUGGCUUCGAGUAGCUAGCAUCCUUGUUCGCGUCUGACAAGUCCGACUCCUCGGACAAAAACUUAAAUCAUAAGCGCGGUGCAGACGGGAAAAAAACUAUAAUCAUGGACAACGAGAAAAGCACGAUGCUCGCAGUGCUGCAGCUGUUACGGAAAUACAAUUUAAAGGGUACUGAGGAGCUAUUUAGAAAGGAAGCAAACCUGACUGAUGUUUCAGCUGAGGAUAAUCAGCAAACUGAUUCUGAAGUUAGCAGCGUACUAUCAGCUUACAAAAGCGAGGGUGACCCAGCGCUGUAUGAAAAAGCGUAUACCGAACUUAAGAAAUUCGUUGAAGGGGCUCUGGAUAUUUACAAGCAUGAACUUGGCACAAUAUUGUAUCCGGUCUUGGUUCACAUGUAUCUGGAACUUGUUUACAACAACCACUCGGGAGAAGCAAAACAGCUGCUGGAGAAGUUUAGUGGUAAUUUGGAGGAAUAUUAUCAGGAGGAUCUGAAGCGAUUAUCUAACGUCACAAAACGGGAACAGAUUGCUGGUAAUGAGCUGACGGAUACUUUCAAAUCCAAUCAGUUUAUUAUAAGGAUGUCCCGAGACACUCUUUCCAUACUCAAGCGACAUCUUCAAGAGAAAAAGCAUAGCGUUUUACUCAAUAUCAUUCAGGAGCAUCUUUACUUUGAUAUGUACGAAGGUGUUGCUCGGAAUAAGCAACAGAUUGAAGCAACGUCAGGGGCCGUUGUGGGGGAAGCUACACGACAAGAUAACAAGGCUAAGGUCUAUUAUGGGCUUUUAAAGGAACCAGAUAUUCAGUGCGUCCCGCCAGCUGAGGAAGAAGAAGAUGAUGGUGGUGGGGAGGGAGGAGAUAAACCAAAGAAAAAGAAAGCAAAAAAAGAUCCGCUCUUCUCGAAGAAAACUAAAUCAGAUCCUAAUGCACCUCCGGUCGGAAGAAUGCCCUUACCAAAUUUGAAAGAUGCCGAUAAACUGGAGAAGGUUAAAGCACUGAGAGAGGCUUCUAAGAGAGUUGUAUUGGGACCAGACAGUCUUCCAUCAAUAUGCUUCUAUACUUUAUUGAAUUCAGUACACAGUGUUACUGCUGCAGAAGUUGCAGAAGAUUCCAGUUUGCUUGCCAUUGGCUUCAGUGAUUCGGCAGUCAAAGUAUGGAGCCUGAUUCCACAAAAAUUAAGACUGAUGAAAAGUGGGGAUCAACUACAAGACAUCGACCGCGAAGCUGACGACGUACUUGUGAGAAUGAUGGACGACAGAACAGCUGAAUCGUCAAGAACCCUGUAUGGACACAGCGGACCUAUUUAUAGUUUGUCAUUUAGUCCGGACAGAAAUUUACUACUGUCUUCAUCAGAGGACACAACAGUAAGGCUAUGGUCUCUCCAUACGUGGACCUGCGUUGUUUGCUACAAGGGUCACUUGUUCCCUGUUUGGUCCGUGAGAUUCUCACCGCAUGGUUACUAUUUCGCGACAGGUUCCCACGACAAGACUGCAAGACUCUGGGCCACUGACGCUCAUCAGCCUCUCCGAAUUUUCUCUGGGCAUUACUCAGAUGUCGAUGUUGUACAGUUCCAUCCAAAUUCAAACUACGUUGCUACGGGAUCCAGUGACAGGACAGUCAGACUGUGGGAUUGUAUUACUGGAGGUCAGGUGCGGUUGAUGACCGGCCACAAAGGUCCCAUAUAUUCCCUUGCAUUUUCGGCGGAAGGUCGCUUCCUGGCGACUGCAGGUGCCGAUAACAGAGUCCUGAUUUGGGAUUUAGCGCACGGACACCUGGUCGCAGCUUUAUCCAGCCAUACAGCCACAGUACAUUGCUUGUUCUUCAGUAGAGACGGUAAUAUCUUAGUGUCAGGGUCCCUUGAUUCGACGCUGAAGCUUUGGGAUUUUACCAAACUCGCCGAAGAAAUGAGCUUAGAGGACGUCAACGUCUCGCAUAAUCCUGACGUCAAAACUUGCGUCGAAACCUACCUCCUACGAACUUUUCCGACAAAAAAUUCACCCGUUCUCACCCUGCACUUUUCGCGAAGAAAUCUUCUACUAGCAGUCGGUAUGUUCGAGGUAUCUUAGACGAGACGGGUUCUUCCAGUGCUUAUGAUUGUCAGCGUGAAUUUCAGAACGAGUAAUAGUUCAUUGAACCUAAGUGUGAAGUUUAAAACUGAUUCAUACUAAUGAACCAUCAUAUCGAGCUUAAUAUUAAUUUUUCAAGGUGUAGCCUCUUAGAAUUCUACAAAAUGGCAAUAUUUCGAUAAUUUUGUUGGACGUGUUAUACCUCAAAAAACUGUUGUAUAAAAUUCAGAUCAGAGGUGUAAAGGAUGCGAGAAAGAAGACAAUACAACAAAUGUAAAUGAGUAACAUUAUUUACUCGAUAAUGGCGAAAAUGUACAGUAUAACUUAACCAUAUAUUUUCAUGAAAUAAUUACUCAUGUAAAUUCACAACGAUUAUUGUUAGCUUAGCUUCAUCGACCAAUCAUUUUCUAGCCCCUAAAUACUUUCCCUCACUGAAUAAAACGGUAUUGUAUUUUGUAAUACCUUUACAUUAAUAUAUUUAUUAAAUAAUAAUCUACAGUAACGGGAUGGAUAAAAUGGGAGUUUUUGUUGAAACUGAGUAAUGAGCGUUUGCUGAUCCGUGGAAGAGGAAAUUUUUUUGCCGAUGAUACACAGCAGACUAGUACGUUAAGAGCAGGAAUAUCGUUUUUUAUCGAAUCUAACAUUAUAAGGGAAUGCUUGCCUUGCGAUAUUUUGUAACUGAUUCUUAAUUGCAACCACGCAUUAUCGUUUUGUUGAUAUUUCCACUUGAAAAAGGCAGACCAUUCUCAAUAACGGUACGAUAAAAUUGUAAUAG